AUAUGAGAGCUUGUGUGUUUAGCAAACAUAGCAAGGCUCCAUUAAGACAGAUGUGACUCAAAGUGGUGGCUUUUUCCUUUUAAGACUUUCCUUUCUCUUUCCCUUUGUCUCUCGUCUCUUUUAGUCACUCAAAAAACUCAACUCUUUUAUGAGAUUCAAUCACCAAAGAUCAGCCACAGAGAGAUCGCUAGAGGCCAUGGGAUCUGAGGCAGAGGUAGAGGAAGAGACACUAAAGCUACCCUUGUUUUCUGCCCCUCAAAUUCAGUCACUUGAGCCUUCUGGGAGUUUAACCCCACCACUCUACACCUCAGUUUCAGUUCCAUUUCGCUGGGAAGAAGAGCCUGGCAAGCCAAGGCCUUGCACUGCCCUCAUCACCCUUCCAAACCCAACUGACUUUUCUCAAAAGUGCUUAGAACUCCCUCCAAGGCUGCUUUUGGAAACCAAACAACCUUCACCCACCACAGUCCUGGAGGGUCCUUAUGUGGGCAGGUCAAAGUUUCAGUCUUCUUCAUUUAGGAUGGGCAUGGAGUGUUAUGGGGAUUUUAGCCCUGAGAGAGGGCAGCUUGGUGCUGUGGUUCUGAGCAAGAGAGGGCUUAAAGAACGAGGGUGGUUUGAUUCAUGGGGGAGGAGGAUCUUGAAGGGUAAAAGAGAGGUUGGUGGGGCUAGUUAUGUCUUUCCAUCAUCUGUGGAUGGAGAGAGUGAUGGCAGCAGCGUGGGAGAGAGCAGCAGCAGUAGGCAGGUGAAGACCACAAGGAUUAGAAGAGCUGGGAGCUUUUCUAGUCCCUCUCAUGCCAGACCUCAUUUCUGGACAACAAUUUGCCAGGGCUUGAAGCAGGCAGUUCCAUGGAAGAGUAGAAAAUUGAAGAAAGAUGGGAUUGUGAUCUAGACUCAACUCUGUGCACCUUAGAGUAGGUCCAAAUCAAAAUUACCUGUCAACUGCUGCAGUCCAGUAAUAUUCCAUGUGAAUUGAAAAUGACAUUUUCUUUUCUACACAAUCUAAGGAUUUCAUGCUGAAAUCCGGAAAAGUGGACGUUGUUAUGCGAAAUGAAAAUGGCUUGUAAUUGUGUUCAUGUAAAAUGUAGACCUUAUUUUACUGUUUUGCUUUCUUUUCCA